AUACAGGUUGGUGUAUUGAUAAAACAAGUUAAAAAAGAAAUACAGCACAAUAUUAAUUUGUUUAAUAUACUUUUGUCCAUUAUUGUAUAUAAUCUACAAGUGACCAUUUUGGUAAUUUGGAGAAUUAAAUUAGAAUCACAUUGGCCAAAAACUUUGAAGUCAAUAUUUUCACAGAGAUGUUGUUGCAUAUUAGGUGUAUGAACUUCUGAAUUUAACAACAUGAAGUUUGACCCCUCUACGCAGACAAUUGUUCAGUAGCUGUGAAUAUCGUCCGAAACGCACAGCAAUAGUGCUGAAGAAAGUAGGUGCGCACUUUCAUAUUUGUGGUGAAACAUGUCGAUUGGAAUUGAACCUAAACACUUACCUCAGGCCACAGGUCCGUUUAUACCAGGAAUGAUGGAUGUGUCAACAGGUUAUGGAGAAGGGAGCUUACUUAUGAGACUAUAUUAUCCAACAAAUGAAAAAAAGGAUAACCCCAAAAAGUGGAUGUCAUGGAUACCAGAACAAAGCUACCUCAAAGGACUAGCAAAUGUUACGACUAUCCCCUACCUUUUCUUGCGAUCUGCAAUGUGGUGGUAUGGUCGAUUCCACAUUCCUGCACUGUAUGGGGAGAAAGUAAAGACAGAUGAUAAAAUGAAAUGCAUUAUACUAUCUCAUGGACUAGGAAGUUGUAGAUUCUUGUAUUCAGCCCUAUGUUGUGAUUUGGCGUCAUAUGGCUUCGUGGUAGUAUGCUUGGAGCACAAAGACCAAUCAGCGUGCUUCACAUACCAUUAUGCCAACAAGGAAGCUGCACAAAACGACACGAAAACGGAAAUACACUUCAAACACGUUCCACUAGGAAAACACCACCAUUCAGAGCGAAAUCAGCAAAUUAAGAUCAAAGCAAAAGAAUGCUCUAAAGCGAUUGAUUUCGUUCUGGAAUUGAAUAAAGGUACCGCACCUUCGAAUGUUAUCAACGAAGUGCCUACCAAAUACAAAAUAAAUUUCGAUUUGAAAGAUUUGAUGGGAAAAAUAGAUAUUGACUCAUUGACUAUUAUGGGUCACUCGUUCGGCGCUGCUACUGCUAUAUACACAUGUUCACUGAGGAGUGAGAUAAAACAGUGUAUUGCGAUGGAUCCUUGGAUGUUUCCUAUCAAGGAUGAACAGUUACAUGAAAAGCUAAAACAGCCGAUUCUUUUCGUAAACACGUAUACAUUCCAUCUGGAGGCAAACGUUAAAUCAAUGGCCAAGUUUUUGACAGCCGACCGCAAGGAUGAGAUGUACACAAUACUGAAUUCAACACAUGAAACACAAACUGAUACGGUAUUUAUACUAGGAUACUGGCUGAACUGGUUCAUGAGAAAAAUCGAUCCAAUUAUUGGGUUGAGGAUAAAUGACUAUAUUAUUAUGGAAUUUAUGCAUAGAUACACGUCAUUUCCCAAAGAUAUUGAAGAGCAGAAGACAUAUUUGGAAAAAGAAAAACACAACUAUCUGAAAGGAUUAACUAAACCCUGGGCAUGAUAUCGUGAAGGCUAUAUAAAAUGACAAUUUUUCGUAAUCUUAUAAAUGCUUUAUUUGUUUAUAGGUACUUUUUUGAGUGGUUAGUGAAAAUAUAAAGUUUUAUUGUCUUUUAUCGAAUAAUUGCACUUUUAUUUAUUCAUUCGUAAAGUUUGGUUUCCUCUUUUCUGCGAAGGCAGCCAUUCCUUCCUUUUGAUCUUUUGUACCAAAUGUACCGUGGAACAUUCUCUUUUCAAACCUCAGUCCUUCCCUGAGGGUAGUUUCAUAUGCAACAUUCACCGCUUCUUUAGCCAUUGCGUUCGUUAACUGAGAGUUACUUGCAAUUUUUUCGGCUAGUUUCACGGUCUCAUCUAAUAAUUUGUCAGCUGGGAAGACUUUGCUGACCAGUCCCAUCUUUUCAGCUUCAACAGCGGGAACCUGGCACCCUAGAAUUUUAAAAUUUAUGAAUUUUUUGAAGUUAGCUUAUAUUAUUGUUACACCUUGGAAGUAUCGAGACUCUAUUUAUUUUACUAUAUUAUAAUCUCCACCCAUUUGAUAAAACUACAUUUCUUUUCUGUCCUAGCGAAAGUAUCGACCAUCUGACAACGAUGCUAAACCACACCAUAAGCGCCAGCCAUGAUACUAUAACGCUACCA